CUGGGAGGAAAUGGGAGAGGAAUCAACCCCCUGGGGUAAUUCCUCCCAUGGUGGAGAGGUGUGCGUGGGGGGUGGAAACUGGGUGCAAGCCCCCAGCCCUUGGGGCAGGACCACCUCCCCGAGUCCUUCUGCUGCCCGCCCGGGCAGGAUCAGGCCCCGGCGGGCGGGCAGAGGCUGGGCUGAAGGGGUUAAUGCUGGGAGAGUAACAGGCUGGAGUUGACACUUGGAGGCAGGCGGGGCUCCCGGCGCCUGAUUGGCCUCAAAUCGCAUCCAAAAGUGGGUUGUUUUUUUUUUUUUUCUUUCGUGCUUUUUUUUUCUUCUCCGCUUUUUUUUUUUUGCUUUUUUUUUUUUUUUUUCUCUUUCACUUCUCCUCCUCCCCCAGGCUCUGGCUGGCAGGGGAGGGGAGUGGGGAACAGCGAGAGAUCAAAAAUAAACCUCUUAUGUCAAAGCCGGGGGGAGAAAGUAUAAAUACAGCGGGCUCCGCAGCCGGCGCGGAGGCUGCGGGGGAGCUGCCGAGAGCCCGGCGGGGCGGCAGGGCCGGGCGAUGGGGCGGCGGGCGCUGCUGGGGGGCCGGGCUCCGCUCCACCUGCUGCUGCUGUGCCACGCGUGGGCGCUACCGCCGCCUCCGUGGGAGACGCAGCCGCUGCUGCCCGCCCGCCUGCCCGCACCGCCGGGGCAGCUGGCCCUGCGGCUGGCCGCCUUCGGCCGCGCCGUCGUCCUCCGUCUCCGUCCCGACGCCGCUUUCCUGGCCCCCCGCUUUCGCCUCCAGCGCUUGGGGGGCCGGCGGCCACCGGGGCGGAUCCCGCCGCGCCGGGGUUGCUUCUAUGCGGGAACCGUCGAGGGGAGCCCCGAUGCCCCCGCCGUGCUCAGCCGCUGCGGCGGCGGAGGAGGAGGAGGAGGAGGAGGUCUCCGCGCCGCUUUCCUCCUCGACGGGGCGGCUUACGAGCUGCAGCCGCUCGGGCAUCCCUGGCCCGGCCCGCCCUGGAGACGCCUACACCGCCUCCAGCGCCGCGCCGCCCCGCCGGGCGCCCACCCCGCUGCCGCCGCCGGCCCCGGGGAGCCGCUCCGCCGAGCCAAGCGCUUCGUCUCGCAGGCGCGGUACGUGGAGACGCUGCUGGUGGCUGAUGCCUCCAUGGUGCGCUUCUACGGGGAGGACGUGGAGAACCACGUCCUGACCCUAAUGUCCAUGGCGGCUCGCAUCUACAAGCACCCCAGCCUGAAAAACUCCAUCAACCUGGUGGUGGUGAAGGUGCUGGUGGUGGACGAGGCGGCAGCGGGGCCGGAGGUGUCCGACAACGGCGGGCUCACCCUGCGCAACUUCUGUAGCUGGCAGCAAAGGUUCAAUCCCCCGAGCGACCGGCACCCGGAGCACUAUGACACUGCCAUCCUGCUGACGAGACAGGACUUCUGCGGACACCAAAGCUGCGACACUCUGGGAGUGGCAGACAUUGGCACCAUGUGUGACCGCAACAAAAGCUGCUCGGUGAUUGAGGACGAGGGUCUGCAGGCAGCCUACACCCUGGCUCACGAACUUGGCCACGUGCUCAGCAUGCCCCACGAUGACUCCAAGACCUGCGAGCGGCUCUUUGGGCCCCUCGGCAAGCACCAUAUGAUGGCCCCUCUCUUCAUCCACUUGAACAAGACCCAGCCCUGGUCUCCUUGCAGCGCCAUGUACCUCACCGAGUUCCUGGAUGGAGGGCACGGCGACUGCUUGCUCGAUGCCCCGGCAGACCCCCUCUCCCUGCCCGCCGAGCUGCCUGGCCGAGGAGCCCUGUACAGCCUGGACCAGCAAUGCCAGCAGAUCUUCGGAAAGGACUUCCAGCACUGCCCCAACACCACGGAGGAGGAUAUCUGCGCUCAACUCUGGUGCAGGACCGGCAGCGGGGAACCCCUUUGCCACACCAAGAACGGCAGCUUGCCGUGGGCCGACGGCACCCCUUGCAAAGCCGGCGGGCUGUGCUGGGACGGACGCUGCGUGCCGCAGGACACCCUGAAGCCCCAGCCGGCGGUGGACGGCGGCUGGGGCCCGUGGAGCCCCUGGGGCUCCUGCUCCCGGACCUGCGGCGGCGGCGUGCAGUUCUCCUACCGCCACUGCGACAGCCCCAAGCCCCAGCACGGCGGCAGGUACUGCGAGGGCCAGCGCGCCAAGUACCAGUCCUGCUGCACCGACGAGUGCCCGCCGGACGGAAAAAGCUUUCGGGAGCAGCAGUGCGAGAAGUACAACAGCUACAACUUUACGGAUCUGGAAGGGAAUCGCCUGGAGUGGGUUCCCAAGUACGCGGGAGUGUCACCCCGAGACCGAUGCAAACUCUUUUGCCGAGCCAGGGGGAGGAGUGAAUUUAAAGUCUUUGAGGCCAAAGUGAUCGAUGGGACGCUGUGCGGACCGGAGACCCUCUCCAUCUGCGUCCACGGGCAGUGCAUCAAGGCCGGCUGCGAUCACGUAGUUGGGUCAUCCAAGAAGCUGGACAAGUGCGGGGUGUGCGGCGGCAAUGGCUCCACUUGCAGGAAAAUAUCCGGCUCGCUCAACCGAUCCAAAUACGGCUACAACGACAUCGUCACCAUCCCCGCCGGAGCUACCAACAUCGACAUCAAACAGCGCAGCCACCGCGGGGUCCGUCACGAUGGGAAUUACCUGGCCCUGAGGACCCUCGAGGGCAAGUACCUACUGAAUGGAGACUUUGCCAUCUCGGCCAUGGAGCAGGACAUCCUCAUUAAGGGGACCAUCCUGAAAUACAGCGGCUCCAUGACGACCCUGGAGAGGCUGCAGAGCUUCCGACAGCUCCCGGAGCCCCUGACCGUCCAGCUGCUGACCAUUGCCAGCGAGAUCUUCCCACCAAAAGUCAAGUACACCUUCUUCAUCCCCAAGGACGUCCCUUUCAGCAAGCAGAAAGGCAAAGAGAAGAAGUCGGCCAACGUCAUCCGACCGAUGCUGACCUCCCAGUGGGUCCUGGGCGACUGGUCUGAGUGCUCCAAGACGUGCGGCUCCGGCUGGCAGAGGCGGACGGUGGAUUGCCGGGACGUGGAGGGUCAAACCUCCUCCACCUGUGACAGAGCCCUCAAACCCGAGGACAUCAAGCCCUGCGGAGACGUCCCCUGCCCGCUCUGGCGCCUGGGUCCCUGGUCCCCCUGCUCCCAAACUUGCGGCGAGGGCGUGCGGACACGCAACGCCUCUUGCAUCGAUUACACCGGUAAAAUCACCGCCCCGGAGAAAUGCAGCUCGCCGGGGCCGCCACCGGCCACCGCCGCCUGCGUGCUGCGGAAGUGUUGAGCCUCACCAGGACGGGCUUGGCGGCGAUGCGCCGGGUAGGACGGCGAGGAUGCCAUGGGCUUGCUCGCCAGACGAAUAACCACUCUCCAGCGGUUCAUCCCCACCCGAUCGACGUCUACCUCAGAGGGGGGAAUAACGGCGGCAAAGCGGGGAGGAAUCACUUCUUUUCCUUUCUUUUUUUUUUUUUUUUUUCCCCUUUCUUUCUGACUGGUUGCUCACAGGCAAAUUGUAAUUUAAGGGGAAAAAUAAGCUUAUGCGUAGGGUGUUUCCAAAAAGCUGUCGUUAAACAUAUUUGCAGGCUCCAUUUGUGAGGUUUGCUGGGGUUUGUUGCUGGGAAAGGAGAUUCAGCUGGAAAAAAAGCAGAGCCUGGCUUUGCCAUCGCCCUGUCCCAGCUGCAGGUUGAGGAGGUCCAGGGUGGGUGGCUCUGCCGAUCCAGGGCGUGAUAAAAUCAAGAUCCCUUUGCAAAAGGCUUUGGAUCCAGUUCCCGUCCCCUCCCUGCAGUGGCGUGGGUGUCCUUGAGCACAAGGAGCGUUUUAUCGGCUGUGGGUUUAGCUUGGGAGAUAACUCGCUCGUUCGGCCGGGAGUGGGAAUGAGCCAAGGGAAAGAUUCUGGCACGCGUUAGGCAGGAGGACGGGCGAGGUGGUCACGGUGAUUUCUGCCAGAUUUAUAACCUACGAGGUGACAAACCUCUGCCUCCAAACGCCCCCAGCAUCCCCAGAAUUAUUCCUAGAGCUGCAACCCCACGCCUUGAUGUGCCCAGCUAUAAAACCGAAGCUUAAUUACACCUGAUCUGACUUGCAGGGCCGCUGUGAGGAUUAAUUAAUUACUAUUUCUGCAGUGCUUUGACUGUGAAAUGCCUAUUGCGAUACCCCGUCCCCGCUCUGGAGCGGACGCGUGGGUGCGCCAGCCUUUCCUCUCCCAUCCUUUGCUUUUUGUCCCGUGUGCUGAUUUUCUCAGCUCUGCUUAAAUUUCGGAGAUAAUUUCCUAACCCGGCUUGCCACAGGGAUGAGCCCAGGAUCUGCAGACGCCGAGCCGGUGCGACCAGUGCCGCUCUUCACCUCUGCUUUCCCGGGAUACGUGAAGAUGCUCGGAUCUGGCACCGGGCUCCAGCCUUGCUUAAGCAAUUCUCGGUUUAAAACCGAGCCUGGUAAGGCUGGAGCUCUUCCUUCCCGGCGGGGAUCAGCCAGGCCCCCUCUCCUCCGCCCAGCUGCUGUCUGGCCCCGGCGCAGAUGGCUGCUCCGUCCCCGAACUUUCCCCCUUUCGAAGCGAUCGCCGUCCGUGUGCUGGCAGCAGCCGGUGCCUGGGGAGCGGCGAUGGGAUUUGGGAAGGUUUUGCCGUGGCUGGACGGGCGAUUCGGUGUCUUUGGGCUCCUCUAUCGAUGCCCCUCGCCACUGCGGAUGCCCGUACCCUGCCCUGGCUGCCCUUUUGGCAGCAAAACGUUGAAUUUCCAGUGGGAACAGCUUUUUUCUCGUAGGAAGGGGAGAAGGGCUGGAGGAGCAGGGCUUGAAUUUGCAAUGUCUGAGCUUCCCCAUUUACAAAUGCGGAGCGAAUCCUUUUUCUUGUCCCUUUUGCCCAAGCUAAGCUCCCGCGAGACCCUUUCCUGGCCGGCCAGGCAGGUUCGGGAUGGGGCUGCGGGGUGACCCGCUCCCCCAAAGCCGUGCCAGAAACCCUACCAUUUAUUUGAAAACCUGAGAUAUUCAGCUUUUUAUCUCCCGUAGGCGAUUCCUACCAAAACCAAGGGGGCUACAGCCAAGGACUGAGGGCACGGAGGGCUUGGCUCCUUUUUUUUUUUUUUUUCCUUUUCUUUUCUUCUUUUUAAGGGGAGGGAAAAAAAAAAAAAAAAAAAAGGCCAGCUGCAGAGUUUGGAUGCAGAGCUGUUGGGGCUGUCGGUUCAGACCUACCUUCGGGCAAUGUUCUGCAUCUGCUAAUUAAUCUCCAGGAAUUUAAACCCUCUCUCGCUCUAACAAAUAGCUGGAUGCUAAAGUCAUGUAGCCUCGCAGGGUUAUUUUCUUUUUUUCCCUUUGAGUUUGUGAGGGUUUUAACUCAAAGGCCAGCAUGUGUUUCCUCUCCAGCGUUGUAAGCAGCGUUUAGGAUGGGUCAGAAAUUUCAGCCUGAGACGGCGCCAAGGAAAAUUUAUCACACAGGAGUGGUGCAUGCCAAGGGUCUCUUCCAGUUUUGGGUUGGGUUUUUUUUUUUUUUAUAACUCACUGCGCGGUCACUUAGCCGGAGCUUCCUAGAUGCAAAAAAACCUCCCUGCCGCGGGCAAAUCCUGCUGCUUUUCCAGCAAGGAGGAGGAUGGGAACGGGGGGAUCGCAGGCGGCGAUGCUCGGUUUGAGGUGUGGGGUCUGGGUGAUGUUAAGUGGGAUUCCUGCCCUAGCCUUCCCGUAGAAACACGUAGCCUUUAUGCUGAUUUAAGUCAAAGAGGUUAUAUAUUAGGAUAUAUAUAUGUAUAUAUAUGUUUCCCUUCAGUGAAGGAUUGUAGCAAUGUACUGAGCCUCUUGUGUUAGGUAUUUAUUAUAAAUUUCUGUUUUGGUUUUGUACAGUAGCUGUCUGGAAAAGGGGGGGGGGUGGCGGGAAGGAAAAAAAAAAUAAAUAAAUAAAAGGACUGUGUUUUAACAUGCUGCUCCCACAUCCCCUCUCCGAAACCUGGAGCGGGGUCGGAGAGGGGACGUCUCUGCUCAUCGUUUAACCACUUCAGUACAUGACUGGUGUCUCCCUGGUGCCCCAAAUCAGGGUGCGAUUGCCAACCCAGCUGUGUCAGCAUAACAAAUCCAACCCAAGUUAAGCUUUGGACUUUCAUUUUAAAGGGGGAAAAAGUAUAAUGUUCCAGUUUUCAGCUUUUUUGUUUGUAUUCGGUUUUAACUUUGAAAACAGUCUGUGACUUUGCCUUUACCCCUUCAAUAAAGGAUUUCCUGCCUCUUACCUUUUUGCAUUUGUCUCUAUUUGCACUUUUCUCAGGA